AUGAAGUACGCAAAGAUGAGAACAGAUAUGAUAGAGAGCAAUAACACCAAAUCCAGUGCUCCCCUCCUGACCCAAAGAUACCUGAGGAUGGUCACAAAGGAUGGACACAGCACACUCCAGAUGGACGGUGCCCAAGGAAAAGGUCUGGCAUACCUCCGAGAUGCAUGGGGAAUAUUAAUGGACAUGCGCUGGAGAUGGAUGAUGCUUGUCUUUUCCGCUUCUUUUGUCAUUCACUGGCUAGUCUUUGCAGUGCUUUGGUAUGUGCUAGCCGAGAUGAAUGGGGACCUGGAGCUGGACCAUGAUUCUCCACCUGACAACCACACCAUAUGUGUCAAGUACAUCACCAGUUUUACAGCUGCUUUCUCUUUCUCACUGGAGACACAACUCACUAUUGGUUACGGCACUAUGUUCCCAAGCGGGGACUGUCCUAGUGCUAUUGCCCUGCUUGCAAUACAGAUGGUCCUGGGGCUCAUGCUGGAAGCCUUCAUCACAGGUGCUUUUGUGGCAAAGAUUGCCCGACCGAAGAACCGGGCAUUCUCCAUCCGUUUCACCCGCUCUGCUGUGGUGACACACAUGGAGGGGAAGCCAUACCUCAUGUUCCAGGUGGCCAACACACGCUCCAGCCCGCUCAUGAGUGUCCAGAUUUCUGCUAUUCUUUACCAAGAACAGGAGAAUGGUCAGCUGCACCAAACUAGCGUUGACUUCCACCUAGACAGCAUUACUUCAGGCGAGUGCCCUUUUUUCACCUUUCCACUGACCUACUAUCACUCUAUCACUCCAUCCAGCCCACUGGCUGCUCUCCUCCAAAGAGAGGCUGCUCACCAUUUCGAGCUGGUCAUCUUUCUGUCAGCUGUGCAGGAGGGUACUGGAGAAAUGUGUCAAAGGAGGACAUCCUACCUCCCCUCAGAAAUCAUGCUUUACCAUCGUUUUGCUGCUGUGCUAGCCCGCAGUGCCAAAGGUGAGUAUCAGAUCAAGAUGGAGAAUUUUGACAAGACGAUUCCUGAGUUCCCAGCUGUGGCUGACUCGAAGAGUCCCAAAAGGACUGCCAAGGAGAUCCGCAUCAACGGACAGCAUGCUGACAGCUUCCAGCUCUCCGAGACUGGCCUCACAGAAUAGAUCGAACAGACUUUGAACUUUGUGCUUUUUUUAAUUAUUACAUUAAAAUUUCAGGUCCCAUUUACAACCAUCUGUCCUUGGCUGCCAC